CUGUCGUCAGAUCCGCAAGGCAUUUCGGGCUACUGGAGGCUGAUUCGCCCAAUAAUACAAACAAGCCGCCGGACAUAGUGGAAUCGGUUGAACAUGCGAAAAACCGCCUGCUUAUGAAUUAACAUAAAUUCAGCCUUCAUGAAUGCAUGCUUUUAUGAUUCCCGCAUUCUUUUGGAAGUGUCAGUGUUUGAUCGCGCAUGAACUGGGAUAAAAUAUUCAGCACGCGUGUCAAAUAGCUAAUCCUAGAAUAGGAAACACACAGCCCAUUGAGGAGGCCGAGCCUGGGAGCUUUAUGAGUACUAACAAUGAAAGCCUGCUUGAGAAGUUGCUCACUCAUCGCUGUGAAGCCCCUCCCGCAGGUGUGAGAAGAAUGAGCUCUGAAGGAGUAACCGAAGGAAAUAUCAAUGGAAAUAUCACAGAGUAACACUCCGGUAUGGCAGACAGUAUGAUGAGUAAAGCAGCCACUAUGGAGAUUCCUAUUAGCAGUAAUGGGGACUCUAGGAAUCUGGCAGAAGAUGACAGUCUGGAGCAGGCUGCAAAGAUUCAGUGGAGCUUAAGAGAGAAGGUAGGGAGUCCCGCAGGCCUCAGGGACUUGCAGCAGGUCAUGGUGUCUGGGCCCAACCUGAAUGAAACCAGCAUCGUAUCAGGUGGUUAUGGAGGUACAACGGAAGGCAUCAUUCCGACCAGCUCUAUCAAAGGCCCUGCAGUCCGUCUUAACCCUGACUUUCUGGGCAACAGACGCAUUCCAAAUGAAGGGCAAGGGUCCAACAUGCAUCACACCAGUAGCAAUUCCUCCAUGACAGCAGAAGAAGCCACAAAAGGCAUUGCAGUGGAGAAGUUUGACAUCAUGAAGAAAUGGGGCCUGAACACAUACAAGUGCACCAAACAGAUGAUCUCUGAGAGGUUUGGCCGAGGCUCACGUACUGUGGAUUUGGAGCUGGAGGCUCAGAUCGAGGUUCUGCGGGAAACCAAACGGAAGUACGAGAAUGUGCUGCAUUUAGCGCGAGCGCUAACCAACCACUUUUACAGCAUGGUGCAGACGCAGCACGCCCUUGGUGACACUUUUGCCGACCUCAGUCAAAAGUCUCCAGAACUUCGGGAUGAGUUUGGAUACAAUGCAGAAACACAGAAGUUGUUGUGCAAGAAUGGAGAGACUCUGCUUGGUGCCAUCAACUUCUUUGUGUCCAGUAUCAAUACACUGGUGAACAAAACUAUGGAAGACACACUGAUGACUAUCAAGAUGUACGAGAAUGCCAGGCUAGAGUUUGAUGCGUAUAGAGCAGAUCUAGAGGAGUUGAACAUGGGCCCGCGGGACGCUGUUACCAUGGCUCGUAUCGAGGCUGCUCAGCAGCAGUACCAGAUCCACAAGGACAAAUAUGAACGUCUUCGCAAUGAUGUCACCAUCAAGCUCAAGUUCCUGGAAGAAAAUAAGGUAAAAGUGAUGCACAAGCAACUUCUGCUGUUCCAUAAUGCCAUCUCUGCCUACUUUGCUGGAAACCAGCAGCAGCUGGAACAGACCCUCAAGCAGUUCAACAUUAAACUCAAACCACCCGGGGCUGACAAACCGUCUUGGCUGGAAGAACAGUGAAAGUUCCCAUUUCUCGCUGGUUUCCUGUUAUGUCUUUAGCCACACAGAGCAACACAGUAGGACCACAAGAGACCAGCGAUCUGAGAUGCUAGCAGAGACCGUGGCUACAACAGAGCCUCUUUCAACUAACUCUCUUCCUUGAUUCUUCUCCUUCUCCUAUUCUUGCUCUGAGACUUUCAAAUGUCUGAAUAGUCACCUCUGGUAUGUAACCAGUCCCAAUGGUCCAAUCAAAUGUCAAAGGUAUCAGUUUAAGCUUCAUCCCUAUAAAUAUCAUUAAACGGACUGAAACAAUCCUUCUAAUAUGUCAGUCAGAACAGCUGUUUUUUUUUUCUUUUUCCAAUACUAUUCUCAAUAUUACACACACACUUUCUCUCUGUCAGUGAACACAUUUUGAGGAACCUUUUCCUUUUAUUUUCUGUGAAAAGUGUUUUAUUUCGUCACUACUAUAUUUUUUUCUGUAUUGUAGAUUUGGUGUUGUAGCUGUUGGUGGGGGGGUCCAUAUCAUUCCUAUCACAGAGCUUUCAGUGUUCAGUGUCGGUGAUUCUUACUAAAAGUGAUUUUAUUUGGAUAAAAUCCAGAUAUGAGUUUCUGAUAUUGGUAUUGCAUCCUUGUAUGUUUACUAGGCCAUGAGAGUACUGUUGAGUCAAUGCUUGUCCAGUUGUCUCUCUUUGAAAUACUUUGAAUACAUGAAAUAUUACAUUUAAUAUUUUAAGCUAUUUAACCUCAAAUUAAUAAUUCUUUGACAUCCAUUUGAUUAUGGAUAGAAUUUCACCUAUUGUGGGUGUAUAGUUUCCUGCACAUUUUAACAAUGCCCAAAAUAGAAGAUGAAUCUAAUAUCACUCUCUUAUCAAUAUUGUUACAUUUGCUUUAUAGCUUUGAAUAGAUGAAACAUGAUUGUUUUCUCGAAGGCAGAGGAGUUUAAUUUUUAUUUUGACAAUUAUAUUUUAUUGUAGAAUCAUAUUCCAAUGCAUAAUACAAUAGAACGUUUUGUUGCAAUCAUUUUAAGUUAAUAAUCAGAAGUUAAUCAAUGAAGUGUAUGUGUGAAUUGUAUUUGAUUAAUUUAACAUGGGCCAGUGCUUAAGAGGCAGAUAAUAGUGGGCCUUAUCAUGUAUUCAAAUGCCACCUUAGCAAUUGGUUCUGAUGCACCCUGUGUUUAAUGCCUUUAUUUGCCUUUGUUAACAAAACCAAAUAUUUUUUCCCCAAAUGAAAGAUUAUAUACUGAUUAAUAUCAUGGUAGCAUUUUUUUUUACUAUUUAUUCCAUUAACCCUAAAUGUUCACAGAAAAUAUAGUACAAAUUCAAACAGAUGUGAAUAUUUCAAAAUAACCUUUUUUAUUUGUGAUGAGAUAGUAUAAUCAGAUGAACCUUACUGGGUUUUCACUACAUAAUUUUUCACCUAAAAUAUCCACAGUAUGCUCAUUGCGAUAGCCUUCUUUUUAUAAAUCAGUAAGGUUUGUUUUCUUGGAAAUAUGUUUUGAUCUAAACAAACUUGAUGCAGUGGUAAUGGGGUUAAAUGCAGACUGUCUGAUUAGUUUGUCAGUCUAGUUUCAUUUUUUAUUUCAUUACAUAAGACUGAAAUAACAACUAUGAUCUAAUGUUCAGUACUUUUGAACAUUGCACUAAAUCUUUCCAAGCUUGAGAUGAAGCAAUACUGAAGAUGUUUCUAGAAAGUUUAUUUUCAUGUAUGCCUGCAUUGGCUGUUCCCUGUUUGUUUUUGCAUGGCAGGUCUGACAUUAGUUGUACAUUUCCAUGCAUUGUGAUUCAUUCCUGUUCAGUGCUUCAGUAAAACACUACAUGGGUAUUAGUGCAGGAAAAUAAUGUUUCUUGGAAAAAGAAAGGUUUCUCAUGAAUGUUAAAGAAUGCUUGAAAUUUAGUUUGAAUGUCACUUAACCUAGUGAAGAUUUUGUUUUUAAAUUGCCUUUAAUUUUAUUUUUUGUUUUGUUUUGUAAGGACCACUCUGUAACCCCAGAAGAAAGAAAAAAAAUGUGUCAGAUGUUUUUAUACCGAGUAUUUUAUUUGUUUUUUACAUUCUGUACAGUUGUCGGACAGCAGAGACGGUACGGUGUGUGAUCAUUUUCUUCUUGAGAGCUGGAGAAAAGGAUUCCAUCUCAAGCCAUAGAGACUGAACUGAUCCAUGAAGUGAUGGACAUUUGUUCCGGAGCAAUAGGAUUUUAAAUGUAGACCUCAACACUAAAUCUGGAUAUUAUUUUCCAGGGGGAUUAUUGUUGUUGCUUUUAUUUUGAUUUCUGUUAACAGAAGUGUUUGGCAUUGAAAUGGUCACUCCAUUAGUAGGCCUAGUUUAGCAUAGCAGAAUGAAAGGGUAAUAAAUAUUACCAUAUUUAUGUACAAUCAAUAUUUUAGGCUGCUUUGUGGUAUUGUAGUGUAUGAAUGAUUGUAUAUAUGUAAAGAUAAUUAAGACAGAUUUUGAAACUGGAAACCCGUGAUGUUAGCUUUUGCUCCUGGCUUUGACCAAACCUUUGACCAACAAAUGUACAAUAACCUACCAGAUAAAAUUUGAAAAGUUUGCAAAAA